UAAGAGCUCCGUUCAAAAACCAUUUUUUCGAUAUCAGCAUUCAUGAGUCUACUAAUCAACUAAUGACAAUAAAUUUGUCUCGGCGCUGAAUAUUGUCCAGUAAGUAACAUAAUUUACGAUUUUUACGUUACCUGUGACAGCCCUUUUGAGUUUCUUUCAAUCCUUGUUACCUUGUACUGAGUAUUUGAAAAUUAAGUAUUUUUUCUACCUCUCAACUGGCAAUGGAUUGCAACCAGAUGGAACAAGCACUGGAAGAGAAGCGAAAGGCUAUUAAGCAGCUGGAGGAUUGGCAAAAACAGUGGGCAACAGUUGAUCGCAAUCACAAAAUGGUUCUCAAAGAUAUUAUGGCUCGCUUGGAUCAGCCACCGUCUCAGUACCGAAGACCUUUUUAUGAUGAGCGCUGUACAGCAGUGAGAGUACUGAUCGGACAAUUUGCGGAGCAGCGGCAGGAAAUCGAAAGCCAACUCAUCGUUGCCGAGGCCAAGUUUGUCGCGUACCAGCGCAAACUGGACACUUCUCUCGCUGUAGUGAAUAAACUUCUUUCAAAAUUUUCGGAAGAAGCUGCUAAAAACCGUGAAAGACACGAAGGUGCUUAACUGGAUGACGGCUAAAUAUAAUGAGCCAUACACGAAAUUACCCGAAAACUUUUCUAGUUCAUUUACGUGCUUGCUACUCAUAUUUAUUCUAAAUUUUAUUAGCUAUGACAUUCCACAUUUUAAUUGUGCAGUUACUGCAGUGGAUUCCUUGAAUGUUUUUUUCUUGAUUUUAUCAAAGCUUUAUCUAUCGUUCGUUAGGUAUGCAUACCAGCAUAUGUAGCACAUAUGACAUAUUAUAUGAAAUUGUGUAAGGAAUGUUCAGUUCUAUCAUUCUGUGUACUAUGUUGCUGAUUGUGAGUAUAAAGUACUUAUUAUAUUCCAGA